GGAGAACGUUUGGAAGCUUGGAGCUGUACUUGACAACACUGAAAAUAUAGAAGCCCUACUGCUUCAAAUGUACCAUGCUUUGAGACCAAGCUCUGCCAGAUCUUCUCAGACCUCAAUGCAACAUACAAGACGAUACAGGGUCACCUCCAGUCAGAGAACUUCAAGCAACGGGUGAUGUCGUGUUUCCGUGCGUGGGAGGACUGGGCCGUGUACCCAGAUCCCUUCCUCAUCAAGCUACAGAACAUCUUCCUGGGUCUAGUCAACCUGUCGACUGAGAAGGAGGUCCCCACUCCCAACACAGUAGAGGACGUAUUGUCAUCACGAUCCCGCUCCUCCCACAAAGACUCCCCUCGCGUCACCAGCAGCAAGAAGUCAUCCAAAAGAUCUCCCUCAUUAUCCCGCACACCCAAAGCGUUCCAGGAGGUCACGCUCCAGAACACCCAAGAAAUCCGCUAA